AUGUUGGGCAACACGUCGAUCCUGUUCUCGAUCGUACCCCGGAAACGACGACUGACAAUGAUCCGUACGAAAGUCCUCACCGCUGCACAUGACAAGGAGAACAUCCCUGCACCGAAAGCUGGUAGACUGAGUGUCAAUUCUCCUGCCGCAAUUGACCGGCUGGUCAAACCCUUCAAAUGUCCUGGGUCCGCGAAUGCUCGUAAAUCCAGUGGCGAGCCUGCGCGGAAGCGCAGGAAGGUCAACUAUGCUGAAGCAAAUGGAGGCAAUGACGAGGACAAUAGUGGUGGGUUCAGCAUCAAUGGGGAGAGUGUCGCCCUCAAAGAUCGAUUUCCUGUAUUCAAGGUCAAAGACAAGGAAGCGACAUUUCGCACCCGCUUUGCCAUUCCGAUGAUCAACAAGAAUUCAUUCGACCCUUCCAGACCAGCACCUAGCCUAGGCAUGCGGAGAGGUAACACAUUUGUCAACAAGCCUCUACAUGACCCGAGCGGCGAAUUCGCGAUUGUGCUAUACGAUCCCACUAUAGAUGAGAAGUCUGCAUGCACACCGGAAGAGAAAACGGAAGCAGAGAAGCCAAAGCUUGAUACGCCACUUAUGCACAAAAGCCUGGCGGAGAUACUAGGUAUCAAGAAGCAAGUUGAAGGCGAAAGACCAAAGGUUCCGGUUGUCAUCGACCCAAGGUUGACCAGAGUCCUGCGACCCCAUCAGGUGGAAGGAGUGAAGUUUUUGUAUCGAUGUACAACAGGGCUGAUAGAUGACAAGGCCAAAGGUUGCAUUAUGGCCGACGAAAUGGGUCUUGGGAAGACUUUGCAGUGCAUCGCCUUAAUGUGGACCUUGCUGAAGCAGUCUCCUGAAGCUGGAAAACCAACCAUCCAGAAAUGUAUCAUUGCCUGUCCUGCAAGUUUGGUCAAGAAUUGGGCAAACGAGUUGGUUAAAUGGCUCGGUGAGGGUGCCAUCAAUCCUUUUGCUAUCGACGGGAAGGCCACAAAAGAAGAACUAACGCUUCAGUUGAAGCAGUGGGCAAUUGCUACGGGGCGGGGUGUAGCGAGGCCUGUCUUGAUUGUGUCGUACGAGUCUUUGCGAUUGAAUAUUGAGGAGCUUAGAGACGUGAAGAUUGGCUUGAUGUUGUGCGAUGAAGGUCAUCGAUUGAAAAAUGCCGAGAGCGAGACUUACACGGCAUUGACUGGGUUGAAUGUCGACCGACGAGUCAUUCUGUCGGGAACGCCAAUACAGAACGAUCUAACCGAGUACUAUUCCUUACUCGACUUUGCGAACCCUGGCUACCUCGGCACCAAGGCAGACUUCCGCAAGAAAUAUGAGCUGCCUAUUCUUCGUGGACGGGACGCAGCUGGCUCUGAUAUCGACAAACAGAAAGGACAGGCAGCCAACGCCGAACUCGGAUCACUUGUCAACAAAUUCAUCAUUCGAAGAACAAACGACAUUCUGUCCAAGUAUCUGCCAGUCAAGUAUGAGCACGUCGUCUUUUGCAACCUUGCACCUUUCCAAAAGGAUCUCUACAACCAUUUCAUACAAAGUCCUGACAUCAAGAGUCUGCUCCGAGGCAAAGGCAGCCAACCUCUGAAAGCCAUUGGUAUCUUGAAGAAGCUCUGCAAUCAUCCAGAUUUGCUAGAUCUGGAGAAGGAUCUUCCUGGCAGCGAAAAGUUCUGGCCGAGUGACUACGUUGUCAAGGAAGCUCGUGGUCGAGACCGAGAUGUCAAGUCCUGGUACUCUGGAAAAUUUGCUGUGCUGGAACGCAUGCUGGCACGGAUACGGCAAGACACAAAUGACAAGAUCGUGCUCAUCAGCAACUACACUCAGACACUGGAUGUAUUCGAAAAGUUGUGCCGCGCACGUAGUUAUGGAUGUCUUCGGCUCGAUGGUACCAUGAAUGUUAACAAGCGGCAGAAACUUGUCGACAAGUUCAACGAUCCCAACGGGGAGGAGUUUGUGUUCUUGUUGAGCAGCAAAGCUGGUGGCUGUGGUAUCAAUUUGAUUGGUGCCAACCGUCUUGUGCUUUUCGACCCGGACUGGAAUCCAGCAGCAGACCAGCAGGCUCUUGCUCGUGUCUGGCGAGAUGGUCAGAAGAAAGACUGUUUCGUAUAUCGGUUCAUGGGAACGGGAACGAUUGAAGAGAAGAUCUUUCAGCGACAGUCUCACAAGCAGGCGUUAUCGUCGACAGUGGUCGAUUCGGCUGAAGAUGUUGAACGGCAUUUCACUCUUGAUUCUUUGCGAGAGCUCUUCCAAUACAGGCCCGACACCAGAAGUGAUACCCAUGAUACAUUCAAGUGUAAACGAUGCAAACCCGACGGUGUGCAGCAGAUCAAAGCUCCUGCAAUGCUAUAUGGUGAUACAAGUUCUUGGAACCAUUUUGUUAACAAUGGCGAGCAGGGUCCGAUGGGCAAGAUUCAGGACUUGUUGCUUCGACAAGAAGUGUCAGAGGAUGCCGUCAGCGCUGUUUUCCAGUAUAUCAGUCAUUAAGAGAUAUGCAUCGUCCCAUGGGUUGGAUUGUGAUAAGCCUGCACUGACUAGCGCCACGGUGUUGGGUCUCACUUGUGAUACAGGGACGUCGUCAUACAUCUCAAGAUGAUUUGACUCAUCAGUCAAGGAUGCCAUCCCUGGUGGGGAAAGAGACACAGAGCAGUUAAUGAUAGGUCAAGCUUCG